GCCUUUCGCCUGGGCGGCGAAGAGCACGGGGAGAGUGGCAGGGAGGGGAAGCCAUAGCAGCAACAGCUUGGAGGAGGUAACAGACUAUCCCUUGCCAGCACGACCCCGACCGGGGCAAACGCAGUGCUGAAGAAGACCUGCGGGUUCAGGGAACCGCGGGGUUACUGCAAGAGGGGCGGGGAGAAGGCGGGUACGCUGCAUGCAGCGCGCUGGCUCCAGCGGUGCCCGCGGGGAAUGUGACAUCAGCGGCGCCCGGCGCUUGCGGCUGGAGCAGGCAGCUUGCCUUGCCCGCGCGGUGCACACCUCGCCCGGGGAAGGACGCGGAGCCAGGCAGGCGGCGGGGAUGUCGGCGAAGGAGAGGCCAAAGGGCAAAGUGAUCAAGGACAGCGUCACCCUCCUGCCCUGUUUUUAUUUCGUUGAGUUGCCUAUAUUGGCAUCAUCGGUGGUUAGCCUCUAUUUCCUGGAACUCACAGAUGUCUUCAAACCUGUGCACUCUGGAUUCAGCUGCUAUGACCGGAGUCUUAGCAUGCCCUACAUUGAGCCAACCCAGGAGGCCAUCCCAUUCCUCAUGUUGCUUAGCUUGGCUUUUGCUGGACCUGCAAUUACGAUCAUGGUGGGAGAAGGGAUUCUAUACUGCUGCCUUUCCAAAAGAAGAAAUGGGGCUGGAUUGGAACCCCACAUCAAUGCCGGGGGCUGCAACUUCAACUCCUUUCUCAGAAGAGCCGUCAGAUUCGUUGGAGUCCAUGUGUUUGGACUGUGCUCCACGGCUCUCAUUACAGACAUCAUACAGCUCUCCACAGGGUACCAAGCCCCGUACUUUCUGACUGUGUGCAAGCCGAACUACACCUCUCUGAAUGUGUCCUGCAAAGAAAAUUCCUACAUCGUGGAGGAUAUCUGUUCUGGAUCUGACCUUACAGUGAUCAACAGUGGCAGGAAGUCAUUCCCGUCCCAACACGCAACCCUUGCUGCCUUUGCUGCUGUAUAUGUGUCGAUGUACUUCAAUUCCACAUUAACCGAUUCCUCCAAGCUCCUGAAACCUCUCUUGGUCUUCACGUUUAUCAUCUGUGGAAUCAUCUGCGGGCUAACACGGAUAACUCAGUAUAAGAAUCACCCAGUCGAUGUCUAUUGUGGCUUUUUGAUAGGAGGAGGAAUCGCCCUGUAUUUGGGCCUGUAUGCUGUGGGGAAUUUUCUCCCUAGUGAAGAGAGUAUGCUCCAGCAGAGAGAUGCCCUCAGGUCACUGACAGACCUCAGUCAAGACGCCAGCAGGGUUUUAUCAGCUAAAAAUGGUAGCAGCAGUGAUGGAAUUGCUCACACAGAGGGCAUCCUCAACCGAAACCACAGGGAUGCAAGCUCCUUAACAAAUCUCAAGAGGGCCAAUGCUGACGUAGAAAUCAUCACCCCUCGGAGUCCCAUGGGGAAAGAGAGCAUGGUGACCUUCAGCAACACGCUGCCCAGAGCCAAUACCCCCUCAGUGGAAGACCCUGUGAGAAGAAACGCGAGCAUCCACGCCUCCAUGGAUUCUGCCCGGUCCAAGCAGCUCCUCACCCAGUGGAAGAGCAAGAACGAGAGUCGCAAGAUGUCCCUGCAGGUUAUGGACACUGAGCCAGAAGGGCAGUCACCACCUAGGUCCAUAGAAAUGAGGUCCAGCUCAGAGCCUUCCAGGGUAGGGGUGAAUGGAGACCACCAUGUCCCAGGCAAUCAGUACCUCAAGAUCCAGCCUGGCUCUGUCCCCGGGUGCAACAAUAGCAUGCCUGGAGGGCCACGCGUGUCCAUCCAGUCCCGCCCUGGCUCCUCUCAACUGGUGCACAUCCCUGAGGAGACCCAGGAAAACAUAAGCACCUCGCCCAAGAGCAGUUCUGCACGGGCCAAGUGGCUGAAAGCCGCAGAGAAGACAGUGGCCUGUAACCGGAGCAACAGCCAGCCGCGCAUCAUGCAGGUCAUCGCCAUGUCCAAGCAACAGGGCGUGCUGCAGAGCAGCCCCAAGAAUGCCGAGGGGAGCACCGUCACCUGCACAGGCUCCAUCCGCUACAAAACCCUGACAGACCAUGAGCCCGGUGGCAUCGUGCGGGUAGAGGCCCACCCUGAGAACAACAGGCCUAUCAUUCAGAUCCCAUCCACCACCGAGGGAGAAGGCAGCGGCUCCUGGAAGUGGAAAGCUCCAGAGAAGGGCAGCCUGCGCCAAACCUAUGAGCUCAAUGAUCUCAACAGGGACUCGGAAAGCUGCGAGUCCCUCAAAGACAGCUUUGGGUCUGGAGAUCGCAAGAGAAGCAACAUCGACAGCAAUGAGCACCACCACCAUGGCAUCACGACCAUCAGAGUGACCCCAGUGGAGGGCAGCGAGAUAGGUUCAGAGACGCUGUCUGUGUCCUCCUCACGCGACUCCACCCUGCGCAGAAAGGGCAACAUUAUCUUGAUCCCCGAGAGAAGCAACAGCCCUGAGAACACGAGAAACAUCUUCUACAAAGGAACGUCCCCCACGCGGGCUUAUAAGGAUUGAGCAGUGGCCCUUCGUGCCAUCAUAUGGGUGACCACCACCACCCUCAAAACCACACGUUUAUUCUACCUGUGCUUUUUUAGUUUUUCUUUUCUUUUUUUCUUUUCUUUUUUUUUCAGGAGGAUUUGGAAAGCCUUCUUGCCCAACUAGAUUGUUCACCAUCAGUCCGGAACUCUCAUAGAACUACCACAGAAAUCGUGGCGAUUUUACACCAAGGGAAAGGAAAAGCACAAAGCAAGGCCCCAAUUAAUCUCUCCAUCUGAACAGUUCCUAAGACCCGUCCGUCACUGAGGCUUCACAGAGGGCAGCAUUAAGACCAAGCGAUUUCCUUCGAUGUAUAGUACUUAACUUUCUGAAUGUGCCAAGUUUGAGAUUUUUUUUUCAUUAUAAUUAGCUGUGGAAACCCAAACCACACAGGUUUUCCCUACAGCAGAGGCCAUGCAGUAUUAUAUAUUAUUCAUUUUUUUUGCUGAAUCUGCACCAGAAACUCAGUCUGGGAGGUGCUGAUUAUUCCAGUGCAUAGACCAUGUAAACUCUCAAACUCUACUUAGCUGUGAAAUAGUGGUGUGCAAUCCCUCGUCAGAGAAAUGCUCCUUCAUUCCGAAGAUGUGGUAGAUUAGGUCAUCCUCGGCAGAUUAGGCCAUCCUUGGCUUCCCUGUAGUGGCUCUCUCACAGUGAAAAAAAAAGUUUAAAAAGGGUUCUGGCAUUUCUUUGAAAAAAUGCAUUUUUCAAUAUCUGAAACUCUGUAGGAAUGUUUUCAGUUAAAGGGAAUAACUAGUUAUCUGCACCAUUUUUCUCCUUUUUAUUUAAGUAUUGGUAAUGCUGAUUUCUGGUAUUUUUAGUGAGUACAUUUGCAUAGUUAAAACAUUGUUUUAGAGAAUAUUUUGAAAUUACUGUGAUUAUAUUUUCCACUUUAUGGCUUCUCCUUAGUUUAUUAAGUGUUUUUGAGAUCACACAUAUAUUCUUCUAUUUUAAAACGAAAAAAAAAAAUAACUAUUUACAUUCCUUGUGCAAACUACACUGCUGUGAAUUCAUAAAUAAGAAAAUCUGAGCCAAAAGUUGAGAUUGUGGGUUCCAUUGCCAGACAUGUUGGUCCAGUUCAAGAUGUCUCCAACCUGAUGGCAAAGGUUACAGCUUCAGUAAGCAAUGAUAAAAAUUUCAUUUUGUUCCAGCGCGUUUCAUCUUUGCAUUAUCUCAUUCAUAAACUGGAGCCACGAUGGGGGGAGCAUGACUCUCUUCCCUGACAUGCCUGUAAUGAGACACUAACAGUAAUAAUCUCGGCAGACGCUAAUCGAGAAACAAAAGUGUCUCACAGUACAAAGUAAGAAAGUGUAUCUUCAGGACAUCAGAGUAGACACAGCUUUUGUGCUUAGACUGCAACCUGUAGUUUUGGCUGCCUGUCUUGAAUCAAAAGCCUUGAGCCUCAAUCAAAGGAAACCAUGUUAUUGGUAGCAAGAAUACCAUCAAAACAUUUUGAAGUAUUUUUUCCAGGUUAGAGAUUUAUAGGGUGGAGAAAUAUUUGGCUCUUGAAAUUUGGUAUUAAAUACUUUUAUGCCGUGUCUUAAGGAUUAUAUUGCACACUUGAUUGCCAAGAGGCAGCAAAAAGAAAACUGCAGAGCUGAUUGUUCUGACCUCAGUGCAGUUUUCAGUGAGAACAACUGUCCGGCAAGGAACCCUCUCAUCCCAUUAUCCACUUCGACAUGCAAAGGGCAGAGGUUUUUUUUUAGAGAACUCAACCUCCUAAGGCGUUAGGAAUUUAGCUGAAACCAGCAGAAUUGAAAACUCUGGCAAUAAAAUACAGACUCAACAGUAACCCUUCUGGCAAUUUCCUUCUCAGAGAAGGAAGUGGGUGUAAAAUGUUGCCUUCCCCACUUCUACCAUCACGACCAUCGCAAUGUCCCCGCCUACUGGCCUGGCCAGUUCCUAGAGGGAAGGGUAGACUGGUUUUAGUACUCUGAAGAAAAACCAAGCUGCAGUAUUUGAGGUGCAGUAUAUGAUAUUUCCUAAUCUUUCCUAUUUCUUAACAAAAAAAGAUUUUAAAGUACUUCUCUAGUCAUUGAAUUCUUUUUCUUUACAUACUAUUGAUAUAUUCUUUUUCUACUCCAAGUGCCAAAGGCUACCGUUUUUAAUGACUUAACAAAUUGUACCACAUUGUUAAGAAACUAUAAUGAUAGACACUAGGAUUCAGACCUCUGCAUGUAUAUUUGAUAACACAUCUUUUGUAAAAAAUGAAUAAUUACAAAAAAUUUGUUUACAUCCCACUGGUACCUUAAUUUAAAACAAAUCAGACUAGCAGGUGUUAUCUCUCCUUAGUGUUCUAUUUAUCUUAUUUGCUAACGAGAGCACUUCUUCUUUUGUUAGGCUGUGCUUUAUUGAUGAUAAAACCAAGUAUUGAAUAAAGAGAGUUAAUUAUCUUUUUAAAGUAAAUAAAAUUAUGAAUAUAUAAUAUAUACGAAGUAUUGUGUUUAAUAAAAUGUUAUGCGAUGUUUUCCACACUGAGGAAGUUUGUAAAGUGCUACAAAUGUAUUUUGUUAAGUACAGAUCGAAGCUAUCGUGUGAGUAUAUUGUGUUAACAUCAUAGAAAUAAAGAUUAGAUUUCUUCAUCAAAACUGGAAUAUUUGGGUUUUUAUUUAGAUAGACUAGGAAUUGAUAAUAACUUGGAAAAAGCUGAGGAAAAGUAUAAAUAUGAGUUGUUAU